GCGUCAAAUCCGCUAGCUUGAGUGUCCUGCGUCCAGUCGAUCUGCUGUCUCCUCUUGCCGUCCAAGAUGUCUCACUCGUCCCCGCAGGGUUUAGACACGACCAGCCGGAGGAGGAGGCCAUUUGACCGAACUCAGGACCAGGCAGUGGACAAUGAUGGACACCUCCAUGAAGGUCCACCGCAUAACUCAGCAGAGUGUUGCACCGUGUCCACACACCAGCCCUGCUUGUGUCCUGCUCUGUACAGCACAAAAUACAUGUCAGCACAUACAUGUCCAAGCCAUCACAUUUAUGAAGAUAGCUGGGAGGAGAUCCAAAGCAUAAGAACCAUCAGAGCGGAGAACGAAGUGGAAGCCAACAAGCUGGUCAACAACUACAGGUUUGGCUUUCGAAAAUGGAAGAGCCACGUGACAGAGCGUCCUUUUGAAGACAGGUCAGAAGUUGUGAAAGAGCUCUACUCGGAGCUGAACGUCAUCAAGCCUCAUAUUGGUCCAGGUCGUCUCAUCACAUGUGGAAAUGCAGUGUAUGUUGUUCUUUUUGGUUGGUGGGUGUCCCUGGUGUACGUCCUGGUGGGCUUACUCAUGUUCCUGACGGUCAUCGGUGCACCCUAUGGAAAGCUGUGCUGGAAGUUGUCCUGUUACUUUCUUUGGCCAUUUGGCAAGUCAGUUCACAAGGUUGGAAAUAAAUUCUGGAGAUGUUGUGAGCAAAUGCCUGACUGCGAUUGCACCGGGGAAUGGGUGGAGGACAACUCUCCGGUUCUGCUGCCUUCACCAACUGAGAGUCCAGUCCCAGAGGCAUCAGAGCAGCCAGCACACACUCGCUACUGGUGUCGUUUGUCUACUUACGUGUGGCUGCUGCUGGGAUACCCUCCUCUGGUGGUCAUCCACUCGCUGGUCUGUCUCUUGUCCUGGAUCCUUGUCUUCACCAUCCCUGUAGCCAAGAUGAAUGCACGCACUCUGGGCAUCAUCCUACUCUUACCCCCAGAGGAUGUGUCUGUGUCCACCAGCUCACAGAGGAAGUAUCAAGGCUACGAGACCAGGACGCUGCUGUGCUGCUACCAUGCAGCAAACUGGUACUACUACAAGUAUACUGUAGAUGGCAUCAAUGUAUUUGCUGUCAAUCUUCUCCCUCUCGUAAUAAUUGCCCUGAUAAUCGGCUACAUAGAUAGAGAAAACCAGUACGCCAGUUCUGAUGUCAAGUUCGCCAUAGCAUUAGGAUCCAUCAUCCCGCUGUCAUAUUACAUUGGUAUGGGCAUCGCCAGCAUCUCAGCCCAGAGUAACUUCGCCAUGGGCGCAGUUGUCAACGCUACUUUUGGCUCCAUCACCGAGUUGACCUUUUACAUCACAGCUCUUCUCAGGGGUCACAGGGCAGCUAAUCCGUGCCUGCAGGAGGUGGUGAAGGCGGCGCUGACGGGCACGCUGCUUGGAUGCAUACUCUUCAUCCCCGGCAUCUGCAUGAUCAUUGGAGGGUUGAGACAUCGAGAGCAAAGAUUUAACAGUCGCUGCACAGGAGUAAGCUCUGCACUGCUCUUCAUCUCUGUUGGAGGCGUGUUCGCCCCCACACUGUUCUCUAAGGCUUAUGGUAACUUUGUGUGUGACGUGUGCACAUCAGGGAACAUCACGAGCAACAGCAGCGGCCCGUUUGUUUGCCACGGCUGUCAUUAUGAAGUGAACAAUGGCACACUGUUCCACAACCAUGUCGAGCCCCUUGUGUACUCUGUUUCUGUCCUCCUGCCUGUUGCCUACAUCAUCGGGCUGAUAUUCACGUUGAAGACACACUCCCACAUUUAUGACAUCCACGUUGGACAGGGACCAGGUAGGAUUUGUACUCUGUCAGUGAGGGAGAGCACAAUGCUGAUGUGUUGCUGUCCAGUGACAGGCCACCAUGGGGCAGUGGUCCACUGGUCCCGCUGGAGGUCCCUGCUCAUCCUCAUCAUGGCCACCGUGCUCACGUCCGCCUGCGCCGACCUCGCCACAGAGCACGUCCAGCCCAUUCUCAACCAGCCCAACAUCUCUCAGUAUUUUAUCGGGGUGACGCUUCUCGCCAUGGUUCCAGAGAUCCCUGAGAUUGUCAAUGGGAUACAGUUUGCACUUCAGAACAACAUCAGCCUCAGCUUGGAGGUGGGGAGCUGUAUCGCUGUGCAGGUCUGCAUGCUCCAGAUUCCAAUCCUGGUCUUGUUUAAUGCUUUCUAUGAUGUGGGCUUUGUGCUCUUAUUCUGUGAUCUCCAUCUUUGGACCAGUAUCUUCAGCGUGAUUUUGGUCAACUACAUCUUCAUGGAUGGCAAGUCCGAUUAUUUUCAAGGCACAGCUCUGGUAGUCGUCUACCUGAUCCUAUUGGCUCUCUAUUACUUUGCUCCAUCUCCGGCAGGCUGCUGACUGUGGGACUGUUCAGCCAAAAUCAUUGAAAACAAUGUGACGCUCCAGAUCACCUUCUUUUUUCGUGGACGAACCAGGACACCACUCGUGUUGUGUUAGCAUUUGCACUCAUGUGACUUUUCGUGACUGUGCGUGGUGUGUUUGUAUACGAAGUUUGCCACACUGAGGGGGUAUAUGGCGAAAGUGGCUCCACAAACCCAGGCUUUAGGCUUUGUGUUAAAGAUGCAGCUCGACAAAACCUAACAUCCGCAAUCAGACUUAAUUGGUCCGACGACGGUGGUCAUCAACUUACUCUGUCAAGUCCGGUUUUCGGCUUUGUGCUAAGCACGUGUUCAUAUCCCAGCCAGUGUAUUUGACAAAAAAUGAGUACGUAAUUUAUUAUAAAUUAUAUAAUAAAUUAUAAUAUAAAUUCAUGAAAUAUCUAAAUCUGCUGUAUAUUGUUGUGACCACUAGAUGGCGGUGUGGUGCGCGUGACGUGGCGACUUUAAAUUUCUUCCCUUUUUAUAAUAAAAAAAAAGUGUUUUAAUGCAGUUGAUUGCUGCCACAGAGUGUUUAUUCCUCCAGCAAAUAUUGUAAUAUAAGAAGACUAACAGGCUCAGUACUCAUGCAAGGACUCCUGUGACAUUUACACCUGCUAACAAUAAUUAAUAUUUCAUAGUGCAUUUCAUUUCUGGUGCUCACGUGAGCAUAUCUAGCAUAUUCCCUCAUCUGAAAAUCUAUCUCACUUACAGAUGGUAAUAUCAGGGAUUACUCUUUUUAAAAAAUAUUUUUCCAUGUCCCCUUGGGAACCUCGUAGGUUCUAAAUAAAUGGUGACGCCAUCUCCGAAUGAGCUAAACAGUGAAACAGUGGCUGAUUUUAAAGUGAAAGCUUGGACAUAAUCUGGUCCCGACAAGGCUAUGACCUUAGCCUAAGUUACCAUGGCGAUACAGCUGCUUUAAAAGAGAGCUAGCUGCCUUGCUGAACACGCAAGUCCGGCUUUCCACUCAACACAGCUCGCUAAACCACUAAACUUGCGUCGCAGAAUACCCCCUCAAUUGAUCAGCCAGUGUUUAAGACUACUUGUUUUAGUAUUUAGCACACAUUAUUACUGUGGCUUGAAAGUAAAUAACACUCACACUACUGUAGGGGGAGCUGUGGAGCCAAAGAAGCGCAUUUUAUUCCUUGCUGUUGCUUUAAACAAACAAAUAUGCUGAAAGAGCUUUUUUUUAUGCUCAGUGUUUUAAAACUUCAUCCUAACAGGACUUUUCCUUCAUGUUCUUGUGGGAAUUAAGAUAUUUUAAGUUACACAUAUGAACAAAGUACCAAUGCUCCGGUUUGACUGUAUGCUGCUGAUUCCGAUACCGAUGUAUUAUUUAUUUAUGAGGAGUGCUACGGUCAGGGGUGCCGUAUAAAAGGGGAAAAGUCAGGACAAUUCCAAUGUCCCUUGACUGCCAGGAGGCCAAAAAAGGGGAGGGGGACAUGAUUUGUUUUUCAUAGAACCCAGAGUUCCUGGCUGCACCCUGCUACUAGCUAUAUGAUAUGAAAAAAGGACCCAUAAAAUCACCUUAACUUAAUUUAGACAAACAUAUUUUACUUACUUUUUGAAGAGAAAAUAUAUUACCCAUGAAACAUACAGAGGAUGAGACACCUUCUUUAAGCAGCUUUUGAAUAUGAGAGUACAUUGGUGAAGCUCUAGCAGGACUUCCAGGUAAGUAAGAGAGCACUCGGUGAACCCGGUGUCUUCCACUGCUGAGAAAGGCUGGUUAUCUCGUCCGAUAAAUUCCAUAAUUUUUCGGGUAAUUAGCUUAGCCUGCACAUGGCUGCAUUAGAUGUCGUUUGAUGGUCACACAGGGAGCCUCGAAAACUCACAAUACUGCGUCAGGUGUUGUUCUUUAAAUGCCAUAUGAAAGCUUGUGAACGUGCUACCCCUGCUGGAUAGUUGUCGUGGCAUGUGCUGGCAGUUAGGUUCCACACGGCAGACAUGAUUGUUUUUGUUUUGAAGGAAAGCGGGAGGAUGACGCUGCCCCAGACGUUAGUUAGGGCAAGACACUACACUGUACGACAGGAUCGCUGUGGGCUACAAUAGUGGCAUUUAUCGGCAUAUGCCGAUCAAAUGAUUUUUUAAAAAUGGAAAUCAGCCGAUUCUGAUUGGUGGCCGAUCGAUCGGAGCAUCCCUAGAACGAAGGUAGGUCCCAUUCAAAUAAAAUGACUGUUACAUGUACUGCUUAAUAUAAGAUAGCCAAAUAUCUUGUCUUGGACUGUAUUUUAAUGAAAUAGGUGAACAUUAUUUUAGAAUCUGCACAAAUGUGUUGUAAAAAAUACGUAUUUCUACCUCCAAUGUGUCAUGAUGGUUAUGUAUGUGAUAUUUAGGAAAAUAGUUUGUGUGUACAAAUACAACUCCUUGAUACAAAUAUUUGGAAAAAAUGUCUGCCUGAGUUUUAUUGCACAGACAGGAAUUUAAAAAAUGUACAUUAUGAUUAAAUGUGCCUUUGAGGAGACAUUCACAUACAGUACAGCGACAUGCGGACAUGCAGGAGAGAUCAUUUCACAAAUAUAAUCAUCUAUCUCAAGCAAGGCCUGGUCGGAACAUACUUUAAGGAGACGUUGCUUCAUAUUAACAAGCACGGUAAAGUGUCAAUGUGAAAAUGGUCUCGGUGUUACACAAAUGUUGAAUUACACAAGAUGCUGUGUGCUUUUCAAACAGUACCUUUUUACUGCUUAAAUAAAGUACAGUGGCACAAAAAUAUAAAUAAUAAAAUCAUGUGUACACGUUGUGGCGUUCAGGCAUGAAGUGACAAAAUUAGGUACGGGGGAAAAAAAACCUCUCAAAAGUGUCAUGUCAAAGUAAAAACAGCAGCACAGUGAUUAAAACAACUCAAGAAAACCUUUUGACUGGCUUCCAGCACCAAGUAAAUCAUGACAAUGCGCACAGUUCAGGGUGGAUUUAGAGCAUUUAAAAAGGCACCAAUUAAAAAGAUGAAGGACUGGUGUGAAGCUACAUGUCUAUUCUUUUAUAAUUUAUGGUGUAAAAUACAACUGUAAAAAGGAGGCACUGGAAAAGUCACAGUGAUGGCAUGCAAUACACCAAAAACUUCAACUGUUUAGGGAUUUUUUUUUGCAUGACUUAAGUGACUUCAUAUUUUGUUUUUGUUAGUGCAACAUUAAACAUGAAGUCAGUUUGUUCAAUGCAAACGAGUUGUGACGCCAUAAAAAUGGUAUUAUACAAGGCUGUACGGGCACACUCAGCCUUUGUUUGUUUUUUUAGAUUAAAAAAUGUUAAACGGCUCAUCUGAGGGUGACAUACUACACAGAUGUCUAACAAAAACACAUUCACAAAAUGGAAAAAAAAAAGAAAAAAAGUUUAGACUGUAAUCCUUGAAGGCGAUCUUCAGAACCGCAAACCCAAGUCCAUGCAAGGCUGACCAAUCACUGAGCACCCUGAGGUGUGAACUCCACCUACUUGAGUCGCUCAAUGAGUGUGUGUGGCAGUCCCAUGGCGAGCAGCUGCAGCGUGGAGAGCUGUGCCAAAUGAGGCAGCAUCUUCAGCAGUCUCUCCCAGGCCAGUUCCAGCAGGCUGGGCACCACCAGCCACACUUUGUACAACGAGCCCGUCCUUCGAUUGCCAGACAUGUUGACCACGCCGCCAUGGACAUACAUGCACCCCGCCUAAGAGGAAAUAGUCAGAGAGGCAGAUAGCAUGUCUUCUAUGCACAGUAAAACAGUAUAACCAUAUUGUAUUUACUAACCGGCGUCACGGCGGCGCAGUGGAAGUAGGCGGGCUCUGGCAUGAUGGUGGGCAGCUUGGUCCACUGGAAAGUGCGAAGGUUGAGCUUCCAUAAGUCGGGCAUGAUCAGCUGACCGUCAUAGCCGCCACAUAUAAACACCUCUGGAAGGCAGAAGAAGACAGCAACAUGAAGUUCCAAACAUGUCACACUGCUAGUUGCAAGAGCGCUCACCAUCUUGGACCUGCACACAGCUGUGGCAGCGGCGGGCAGCAGGAUAUCCUGUCAUGACGACAAAAAACAAUAUUUGUAAUAAUAAUUACAAUCUUGUCAAUCAGAAACUAAAGUAAAGCGUACCGCACAAACCUAGUUUUUCAUGGGGUUUGGUGACUAUUUCCUCCCAGUAGUUAGUCUCCAAGUUGUACGCAUGAAUCUGAAAAAGACAAAGUGGUAAUAUCAAAGAAAGAACUGAACCACAGACUGUAUUCACAGCAGACAUGGCAUCUGUAAAGCUUUAAUUAGAAAUAGAAUUCUAUGGAGCAAAAGCUAAUAAACUUGAACUGGAAUAUAUAAUAUAAUAUAAUUUACAUAUUAUAGAGUAAUAUAUAAUUUUAAGUACUGUAGGUGGGAAAAUAGUAAAAUAUAGAAUGCUAUUUUUUUAACCAAUAAUACCUGGUACUGUCUGUAGUUGAGUAAAUAAACAGCUCCAGCCACUACAAAAGGAAUUCCGUAGUGUACGAAAAACAUGUUUUCUAACUGUCUCCGUGUAGACUUUGCUAACUUGAGUUAAUUCAGUACAAAAACAUUAAAGCACCUCAUCCAAAAUGUAUUGUGUAGAUGACUUUAAAAUCUUUGUAAAGUUUUGAAACAUGCAUUACAUCACAACUGGAUCCUCUUACCUUGUCCAAACGAUAUGAUGACCAGGAAGUCCCGCCUCCUAAAAUGUAUAUCCUUGUUCCAUCAUGAGCCAGCUCAUGUCUGUACCUGUGAGAUGACAUCAUGCUCAGGCAAAUAUCAAUGAGUACUUUUUUUUUAACAUUUCUUCAGCCUGACCUCUCCUCGGGGAGAUCCGUGGGUGCAUUGUUCGGCUUGAGGUGGAUCCAUUCUUUGGUUGUGAGGUCCAGCCUGUGCAGGUCGGUACUGUAAAGGUAACCUGUUGUCCCUCCGAAAACGUACAGGUAGCCAUUUAGGAUGACCAUCGCCUGCACAGCGACAAGAGUGGCCAAGUUUGUAGCCAUCUACUAAGAACAACACUUAAGAGAGAUCAGCUUAGCUACCUGGCCGUAGAUCUUGUUGGGCUUCGUCCCUCGGCAGGGGAGUAGGUUCCAUUGUUUGUACUGAACAUUGCAAACGUGGACGUCGUUGCCGUUGUUUUCACCGAAUGGAAUCCCAGUGCCGCCAAACACAAGCAGGUUGUUGCCAUGGAAGACAGCUGAGACGGAAGGGGGUCAUAUACAGUAUGUAUCAGCAACUAAAGCUGCUUCAUAUUUAACAUUCAUGUCUGCAUGGUGGUGUUGCCUUUUUUUCUUCUUACGGGUGGCGGGAGUCAAGGAGCGACCAGCUUUGAGGCACAUUCCUGCACCUACCGGGUUGAAGUGUGGCUCACAGUUACAAACGUGAUAAAAUACAGCGGAUUGGUAGCCGAUCCCGAUCCUGAAGAUCGGAUCGAGACAUCCCUAUUUUUAAUUAUAAAGGGACUGUUUGCAAUGGUUACGUGGCUGCUUGGAGCCUUUUUGUUAAGCCAGUUGCAAACAGUUCUUUUAAUGAAAAGACAUUAAAGUGCAGUUUGAGGUACUGCAAAAAUCACACAAUUGCAUAAUCCUGGUUUUACUACAGCAAUUAGUUUGGGACAAUGUUCUUUUAUACUUUAUUAUUGUCUUUCAAUGAUUUUAAAAUUAAUUAAUAUACAGUAUAUAAAAGCCCAUUUUUCCAAACUAAUUGCUGUAGUACAAGCAGGAGGACGUAAUUAAUGUGUGAGGUGAGUUUGAUGACACUCCACUCCACAGAUGUGACAUUAUUGAAUGAUUGUCUAUUGUUUCUUUUCAGUAUAGAAAUCUGUAGACCUUCCCUGUGGUCUGGUCUCGCAGAUAGCUCCUCAUGGAGAUCUAUUUAAGUCAUCCUGCAGAAGACUGCUCGUUUUGAUUAAAAGAAUAGGUUGUACCUCGUUGUCUGUGUUACCACAAUUGGAAAGCGGUAUCGUUUGCUGUCCAACAAAUGCUCGCUUGGGAGUUAUUGGUCCAGGAAGUUUGAAUAUAUUUCACUUUACCACAGUGUAAAUCUGAAAGCAUUCGUGUGUGGAUCUGCAAGGUGGAAAAUUAGUGCCAAAAGUCAUGUGACAGUUUUUCAUAGUUCAAAUUAUAUCUUUUUUUUGUCCUUGAAGGAUUUUUUUUGUACUUGAAGGUUAUUCUAUUUUUGUAUUUGAAGGAUAUUUUUUGUAAUUGUAGAAAUAUGUUCCUCUGUAUAUGUAAAACACACUGUAUUUGUUUCGGAAGCAGGAUGUAUUUAUUUCUUAUUUGCAAAACAAGACGCAUUAGUUUGUGAAUGAUGUUUUGUAUUUGCAAACCACACUGAGUUUGUUUGUGAAUUGUUGGGCGUGAGUAAAACAUGUUUUGUCUGUUUGUGAGGUUUUGGCCGAUAUAAGCUGUCCAUUCAAGACUCUGCUCCAGCACUUCUCCAACACCCUCAUGCGAUAACAGCAGUGUGUACAAAAAUUGUUUUAAAAUGUUAUAAAAAAAUAUUUAUUUUUAACGCUGAUGCUAGAACACCUAUUUGUGCGUCAAUCAAAAGUGAGCUUUAUUAUUAUAAAGACAGAAAUUUGGAUGUAAUUCUUGUAUUGGAUCAGAUUUAUUUGUGUACUGUUAGUGUGAUAAGAUGGAAAUGCUCCAUCUUCAAAGCCAACUUUACCCGACAUUGAUGCGAGCUCAGUAGGAAUGUAGCCCUCCGUCUGAACGCGGUGCCAGGUUGCUGUAGCAAAAUGAAACCUCCAAAGUUCCCUGAAGAGUGGAUAGUCUUCAUUUUCCGCCCCACCUGCUUCCUCAAAGUCCGGGUUGUAGCCACCAAACACAUACAGGUUGGUGCUGUCGGCCACACAGCGGUGUCCACUGCGGGCUGAGGGCACACAGGGUCCUGAGAAAGGGAGAACAAUGUGUCCUUUCCUUUGUUUUUUUAAUGCACCCAUCAUGCAAAAUCACUUACCUUCUCUUAGAAACCUGUUGGGAAUGCGCAGGUUGGGGGACGCCUGAGAAAAGAUGCGCCUCGCCUGGAGCCAGCGUGCCCGUUUUUUGAAACCUGCAAGAGAGACAUGCUUAAGUACAUUCACUGACCAAAAUAUUAGGUACACUUGCAUCUACACAUCUAAAAAGAAUAUUACAUCACAUGGAGGUGGACAAUACUACAAAUGUUCGUACUGAUC